AUGGCACCAUCAAAGGCUGUGAGCCUUCCUUUAAUACCAUUAGCAAAAGAUACAGUCCUGUUACCGGGAAUCGUCCUGCGGAUACCAGUCGCCGGCAAUCGAUCCGACAUACCUGCACUGUUAUCCAAUAUAUAUAGCAAAGCUGCAACGAGGACGCCGAGCCAGCGCCUGGAGAAUGUCAAUGUUGCAUGCGUCCCGUUGACCUCGAAUUACCUAAACAACCAUGGGCAAAGAAUGAUAACACAAGAUGAGCGGGAUGGAAGACCAAAGGAACGGAUGGACAUCAACCCUGCGACUGCUACAAGAGAAGAUCUUUUUGGAUAUGGGGUGGCGGCCAAGAUAUCUGGUGUAGAAGGCAAAGGAACGGGGGAGUUUGCAUUAUUGGUUGAGGGUAUUGCUAGAAUUAAGAUCGAGAGGAUCACGCAGGAGCGCCCAUUCUUCGAGGCAGAUGUUGUUUAUCAAUACGAUGAGGCUAUUUCCCCAGAAGACAUUGCGAUUCAAGGCCUCUUUGCGCACCUCAAGCAGCUAUCGCGUGAGCUUCUCACUCUUUUACGCCUUUCAUCCUUACUACCUCGAAAUGGAGGGCCUGCCAGCUUAUCACCAGUGCUUGCUCGACGCCUCGAACUAUACAUUGCGAAGAAAGGAAUCCAAGAUGCGGGGUUAUUGGCAGAUUUCAUGACAAAUAUCGUUGAAGCUUCAUUUGAGGAAAAGUUGCAAAUCUUAGCUGCACUGGAUGUGAAGGAUCGGUUAGAAAAGGCUAUCGCUCUUUUGCAGCGGCAGGUGGGCAACAUCAAGAAUAAUGUUAGCAUCACGACCUUCACAAGCACAAGUUUCCCAGCCAACAGCGACAUGGAAAAGUUGAACAGCCAUCGAACUCGAAGGUCUGGGAUGUCGGGAAUGCCUCUACCGGGUUUGGGUGGCAUGGGCGGAGGGCCACCUGAAGAAGACCAGGAACCGAAUGAAAUGGAAGAAUUAAAGAAGAAACUUGAUGAGGCUCAGAUGACUCCUGAAGCAGCGAAAGUUGCUGACCGGGAGAUGAAGCGGCUCAAGAAGAUGUCGCCCGCUCAAGCAGAAUAUCAGGUUACAAGAAAUUAUCUGGAGAAUUUGGCAGAGAUACCGUGGACUGCAAUGACCGAAGACAAGCUAGGUGUAGAAACACUCGGUCGAGCGAGAAAGCAGUUUGACGAUGAUCAUUAUGGCCUGGAAAAGGUGAAGAAACGUUUACUUGAGUAUCUCGCUGUACUGAAACUCAAGCAAUCUAUCAACCAAGAUGUGGACACGCAAGUGGCAAAAGCAGAGGAAGAUAAAACACUCGAAAAGGUGGAAAUCCUUAAGAGCAAGAGAAUGAUUGACAAAUCGCCAAUUCUUCUCCUGGCUGGUCCACCAGGUGUUGGUAAAACAAGUCUGGCGAAGUCUGUUGCAACGGCGUUGGGCAGGAAAUUCCACAGAAUCUCCUUGGGAGGAGUUAGAGACGAAGCCGAGAUUCGGGGUCAUCGACGAACUUACGUUGCGGCCAUGCCGGGUCUCAUUGUGCAAGGCCUGAAAAAAGUUGGUGUAUCAAACCCAGUAUUCCUUCUUGACGAGAUCGACAAAGUCGGUACGUCGAAUUUCCACGGCGACCCUUCCGCGGCAAUGCUUGAAGUUCUAGACCCUGAACAGAACCACACAUUUACCGAUCACUAUGUCAACAUCCCAAUUGAUCUCAGCAAAGUUCUGUUCAUUGCCACGGCCAAUAGUCUAGAAACAAUCCCACCACCACUACUCGAUCGUAUGGAAAUGAUCAAUCUUUCUGGCUACACCACUCUUGAAAAGCGACAUAUCGCUCUUCAGCACCUUAUUCCUAAGCAAAUUAAAACAAGCAAGUUCCCUCCAAUAUUGAGACACCUCAAUUCUAACAUUUUCGUAGAUGGUCUCGGAGACGGACAGGUCGAGUUCAACCAAGACGUCGUGUCGAAAAUUAUCGAGUCCUACACACGUGAAGCUGGCGUUCGGAAUCUCGAGCGUGAAAUUGGUUCGGUAUGCCGUGCCAAAGCCGUGGAGUAUGCUGAGGCGAAAGAUUCCGGUGAUAUGGAGAAGUACAAACCACAACUUUCUAUAGAUGAUAUUGAGGAGAUUCUGGGAAUUGAGAAGUUUGACGAGGAAAUCGCAGAGAAAACUAGUCGUCCUGGAAUCGUAACUGGUCUCGUGGCGUACAGUUCGGGCGGAAACGGGAGCAUACUUUUCAUUGAGGUAGCUGAUAUGCCGGGCAGCGGGCGAGUGCAGCUUACGGGCAAACUUGGGGAUGUACUCAAGGAAAGUGUGGAGGUUGCACUGAGUUGGGUCAAGGCACAUGCUUACGAGCUGGGUCUCACGCAUGAUCCAUCCGAGGACAUUAUGAAGAAACGUAGUAUCCACGUGCAUUGUCCUUCAGGGGCGAUUCCCAAAGAUGGACCUUCGGCUGGUAUGGCACAUACUAUUGCGCUUAUAUCCUUGUUCUCUGGCAAACCGGUACCUCCAACCAUGGCCAUGACUGGUGAGAUAUCUCUUCGUGGCCGUGUGACUGCCGUUGGAGGGAUUAAGGAAAAGUUGAUUGGUGCUCUUCGUGCGGGCGUCAAGACUGUACUGUUGCCAGCCCAGAACAGGAAAGAUGCCAAAGAUCUUCCCCAGGAAGUCAAGGAUGGUUUAGAGAUCAUCCACGUUAGGCAUAUCUGGGAGGCCAUGCGCUACGUUUGGCCAGAAGCACAUUGGCCCGGCGAGGAGAACUUUGCUGGUAUUGAAAGUCAGCUAUAG